AUGACGAACCGAGAAGAAGCCGAGGCGCAGAUGUCGGAAUUAGACCUGCUCUCUAGCAUGUUUCCCUCCGAGGAAGAGUUUGUUGUGACUGACCAGCUGGCUGUGGCAGAACUCAAGCACUAUGCUGAAAACGAGUCUGCAGAGAUGCCGUCUUCAAAAGUUCAGUUUAUACUGAACGUAAAGCCAGAAGUGCCUGAUGCCUCUACGGUGGAAUUCUCUAUGGUCUGUGCUUUACCUUUUAAAUAUCCCACCGUUCUACCAGAAGUUACUGUGAGGUCAUCGUUAUUAAGCCGUUCUCAGCAGGUUCAUCUGAACUCUGAUCUGAAAAUGUACUUGAUGCAAAACUGCAGUGGUGAGCCCUGCAUGUUGACUGCAAGGGAAUGGGUUAAAGACCAUGGAGCUGCUUAUAUUGACAAAGAGAUUUCAUCUUCCUCGUUGACAACAUCAAAUGCCACACAGUCAGAAGAUGUCACGUUCACUCGGCUGUGGAUCUACAGUCAUCACAUUUAUAACAAGCAAAAAAGAAAGAAUAUUAUUGACUGGGCCAAGGAGCUUUCUCUGUCAGGGUUUUGCAUGCCAGGGAAACCAGGUGUUGUUUGUGUUGAAGGUCUACUAAGUAGUUGUGAAGAGUUCUGGUCAAGAGUAAGACGAUUGACAUGGAAAAGGAUUCUUAUUCGACACAGGGAAGAUGUUUCUUUGGAAGGUGGAGGGCAUGCUGAGAUUCAGAAACAAAGAAAGUUCUCCACUUUGGAAGAAAAAUGUUUUGAUGCACAUGGUGCCAGAGGAAAUCAUAUGGAUUUGGGGCAGCUGUAUCGGUUUUUAGAAGAAAAAGGAUGUGCUGACAUUUUUCAGAUGUACUUUGGGGUUGAAGGGCAGUGA